GAAUUGCAGGUGGUAUGCAACAGAAUGCCUUCAGAAUUUUAUGUUGAAGAUGUAGAAAAGGAUCGUCAUGAUGGCUGGUGGUUUCGGCCCCCUCCCAGGGGAGUCACAAGUAGUGAGGAGUACACAUUAUGUAAGAGAUUUUUAGAGCAGGGGAUUUGUAGGUAUGGUGCUCAGUGUACAUCAGCACAUUCACAGGAAGAGCUCCGAGAGUGGCAGAAACGUUAUGCUUCUCGUUUGAUGAAACUGAAACAGCAACAAGAAAACAAACAGUGUACAGGAAGUUACAUGGAAAACUUAAUAGAAAAAUGGAUGAAUUCAUUAUCUCCUGAAAAAGUGCUUAGUGAAUAUGUUGAAGGAGUGACUGUGGAGCAUAGUCCUCAGCUAUCCAUUACUGUCAUGGCAAAAAAGUCUUGCCAGACCUGGUCGUUUAGUAUCACUUGUAAGCCAGCAAAAGUUUUGCACCGAGUAGCUCUGCUUUACGAUGCACAUCGUCCCCAUUUUAGUAUUACUGCAGUGUCUGUUGGAGAAAGCAAAACACAGAUGAAGCAAGAUGUACCAGAGAACUGUCAGGAAUGGAUUGGAAGCAGUAUGGCACAGAAUGGACUAGAUCAUUCAAUUUUUAACGUCUCAGUUGACUUUGUUACGGAAAUCUUUGGAACUUUUCGUCAGACUGUUGUGUUUGAUUUUGGAAUAGAACCAGUUCUUAUGCAGAGAAUAAUGGUUGAUGCUGCUUCUGUUGAAGACCUAGAACAUCUGAUGCAGGCUCGUCAGCAACUGUUAACCACUGCUAAACGCUGGGAUUCUACUUGUAAGACUGUAGUGGAGUUUGAGGCUAAUGAAGCUUCAGACAUUGAAAGGAGCCUCCUUGCACGAUAUCAGAUUCCUCUUUCAGCUGAUCAGCUUUUCACACAGUCUGUGCUAGACAAAUCCUUGACCAAGGAUAACUAUCAGUCACGGUUGCAUGACCUUCUUUACAUUGAGGAAAUAGCACAGUACAAAGAAGUAAGCAAGUUCAACAUCAAAGUCAAUUUGCAACUUGUGGCAAGUUUCAUGCUCACUGGUGUAAGUGGAGGAGCUAAGUAUGCUCAGAAUGGACAGCUCUUUGGCCGUUUUAAGCUCAAUGAGACGCUUUCUGAAGAUACUUUAGCUGGACGUUUGGUCAUGACCAAAGUUAGUGCUGUUUAUUUAUUGCCCUUAACUAAGGAGAAGUCAACACAGACACCAGGAACCAAAGAAAAGGUUUAUGAGGCGUUAAUUGAAGAAAAGACAAAAGAAUAUAUUUUUCUGAGACUUUCCAGGGAGUGCUGUGAGGAACUCAAGCUUCACAUAGAUAGGGAACUUCAGGUUGAACUUCAGUUUCAGUUGAACCGUUUACCUCUCUGUGAAAUGCACUAUGCUGUGGACAGAAUCAAGGAUAUCAGAAUUCUGUUUCCAGAUGAUAGCAUAACUCCUGCCAUUCCUUGGAGUCCCAACAGGACUUCACUGAAAAUGGGCAUUUCUGGCCCAACUGGACCAUCCCGGCAGUGGGAUGAGCAGCUGGACCCCCGUCUAAAUGCAAAACAGAAAGAAGCUGUUAUAGCUAUUACAACUCCCCUUUCCAUACAGCUGCCUCCUGUUCUUAUCAUUGGUCCCUAUGGGACAGGAAAAACAUUCACUCUUGCUCAGGCAGUUAAACACAUACUCCAGCAGCAGGACACCCGGGUACUGAUUUGCACACAUUCAAAUAGUGCUGCUGAUCUGUACAUCAAAGAUUAUCUACACCCAUAUGUAGAAGUAGGCAAUCUCCAUGCAAGACCUCUCAGGGUUUACUUCAGAAAUCGUUGGGUGAAGACUGUUCACCCUGUAGUUCAGCAGUACUGUUUGAUUUCAAGCACAUAUUCCACCUUUCUAAUGCCCCAGAAGGAAGACAUUUUAGCACAUCGGGUGGUGGUGGUCACUUUGAAUACCUCUCAGUAUUUAUGCCAACUUGAUCUUCAACAGGGCUGUCAUACUCAUCUGUUUUUGGACAGAGGAUCAGAAGCACCUGCAUGCAACACCAUCCUCCACUCUGGAAUUAUAGAUAAACUCACUAAACUAGUGCUGUCAGGUGAUCCCGAGCAGCUCAGUCCCUUUGUAUAUAGUGAAUUUGCCCGUGAAAGAAACCUCCAUGUUUCGUUACUUGAUCGACUGUAUGAGCACUACCCUUCAGAGUUUCCAUGUAGGAUUCUUUUGUGUGAGAAUUAUCGUUCUCAUGAAGCAAUCAUCAAUUACACAUCUGAGCUGUUCUAUGAUGGGAAGCUAAUGGCUAGUGGAAAGCAGCCAGCACACAAAGAUUUUUAUCCAAUAACAUUCUUCACUGCCAGAGGAGAGGACGUGCAGGAGAAAAACAGCACGGCUUUCUAUAACAAUGCAGAGGUGUUUGAAAUAGUAGAACGAGUUGAAGAGCUUAGAAGGAAGUGGCCUGUAGCGUGGGGCAAGCUUGAUGAAGGCAGCAUUGGGGUUGUUUCACCUUAUGCUGAUCAAGUGUUCAGAAUACGAGCUGAACUUAGAAAGAAGAGGCUGUCUGAAGUCAGUGUGGAGCGUGUGUUGAAUGUCCAAGGAAAACAAUUUAGAGUUUUAUUUCUCAGCACAGUACGAACACGGCAUACUUGUAAAAGUAAACAGACUCCAAUAAAAAAGAAGGAACAGCUAUUGGAAGAUUCAACUGAAGAUUUGGAUUAUGGAUUCCUGUCCAAUUAUAAGCUUCUCAACACUGCAAUUACAAGAGCUCAGUCUCUUGUGGCUGUGGUUGGGGAUCCCAUUGCACUAUGCUCUGUUGGGCGAUGCAGGAAAUUUUGGGAACGGUUCAUUGCAAUUUGUCAUGACAAUGAAAGUCUUCAUGGCAUCACUUUUGAACAAAUCAAAGCACAGCUGGAGGCACUGGAGCUGAAGAAAACUUAUGUCCUUAAUCCACUUGCACCUGAGUUUAUUCCUAGAGCUCUACGACAACAGCAUUCAGCAAAUGCUAACAAGCAGCAGCAGUCACCACCAAAGGGUAACGGCCACCAUCGCAAUCAGAAUGAACAUUUUCAAACAGAUGGGUUUGUUCAGCCCAAUCCUUCUGUUUUAAUUGGCAACCCCCUAAGGCCAUUUACACCUCCACUGGGUGCUCACCAAGCUUUGGGUAAAUCACCAAGCCCCAUCCAGAGAACAGAUGCUCACACUGGAACUGGUAUCCUUUAUGUGCCUGCUGUUUAUGGUGGAAGUAUGGUGAUGCCUGUGCCUUUGCCUGUUCCUUGGCCCCCAGGAUAUCAGAACAGGUUUCCAUUUGACCCUCGACUUAUGACUCAUCCAGCUGCCAUGGCUUAUAAUUUGAACAUGUUACAAGCUCAUGGUCGUGGUUCACCUCUCAACUGUACCAUAGGACAACAUUCACCAGUUGAUGUGGGGCAACAGCAGCAACAUCAAGACAAGGAGCAGGUGGAGCAGAACAAGCAUGAUAAGGUUGGUAGCAGUGCUGCAUCUGAACAAAAGAAUCACACGCCAGAGAAGAAGCCCCCUGGAAACAAACAGGUUGAUCCUGAUAGCAGUCAAAGUAGAAGUCCAGAAUUACGAUCAAAUGUAGGUUUUCCUAAUAUGAAAUUCCAUCGUAAAGACAAUCUCAGCCAGAGACAAAUCAGUUUUCCUCUCACCCCUCCUCUUACUCAGUACCCAGUUCUUCAGCGACCAUACCAACAACAUCAGCCACACAUACCUCGCCAGUUGUACCCCAUACAGCAGCAGCAAGAGGGCAGUUUUGCCCAGCAGAACAGUUUACCCCAAGCACUUAACCAGAUUCCCCAACCAAUGCAUUUACCCCGUCAUCAUGCUCAUUUGGAUUCAGUGACUCAGCAGCCAUCUUCACAGCUCUCUCCAUCCUGUCAGCAAGACCUCAUUCGCUCCUUGAACAGUUCUCUUACUCCUCGAACGCCACCUUCUCCUGUGACAGAUGCAGGAGUCACAGAACACUUGCCACCACCUUGUAUGCCACAAGACGGAAACACACUUAGAUCUGUUACACAACUUAAUCCUCUCUUGGCUUCCCAUAUUAAUACUUUUGUUGACACCACUGCAGGACCUUGUUUAAAUGAGGGCAUAGUUUCUAUCCACACAAAUCUAGCAUUAGAAACCUUAAGACAGCAGACAAGGUUACAGCAUUGGAGUGAAGCAAAUGCCUUCUUAAAUCAGAACAGCUUAUUUACUCACCAACAUCAGCAGCUACCCAGUCCAUCACAGCAGCCAGUGGCAUUCUCCCAGCAACCACUAAAAACAAACUGGAAGCUCGAUUGUAAUACUGAGGAGGAAGCUGGACCAUCAAUUGCAAGAUUACAGGGCUUAAUUAGGGAACUUCCGCAGCACUGUCAGGUGGAAAGCAGAGAGCCAAGAGAGACACCACCACCGCAGUCAAGACUUCUGCAGUACAGGCAAGUGCAAUCAAGGAGCCCAUCAGUACUCAAUUCUCCAUCAGCCAGCUCCAAUACCAAUGGUCAGUUCUCCGGGUAUAGUGAAAACAGUAGAGACAUAGAAAUGGGAAAUAACCCGUCUCUUCAGCAUCAGCCACAGCUGUACAAUCCAUCUUUCUCCAUAUCAUCUGGACAUACAGCACCUCCUUCCUUGAAGUAUCUGCAGCCUGAUGGUUCAUGGACAUAUACCAGUUUGCCACAGACUCAUCUGCUGGGACACGGUUUUCAUUAUAACAUGGCUGCUUUGCCGCACAGACCGCAGCAACCCCCUUUUAUACAUCUGCAUCCUUAUCAGCAAGCCAGCCAGGAGGCCAUUCAGUUGCUUACUCCUCAAACAGUUCCUGUUUCUGCACGCCACAACUUAGAAGAGUGUGAAUCCAGAGGGCCUGGCAGGCCACUUUACCAAAGAAGAAUGUCAGCUAGCUCUGCACACACCUGUCCUGAAGAGUCAGGCACUCAACAGGUUCAUACUAAUCAGUGUAAGGAUCUUCAGGAUCAUAGUAGCCAUCGUUCUUACAACUCCCAUGGACCUGAGUUGUGGCCAAAUGUCAGUUCAUCUGUCCAGUUCCAGAACAUUCCGUGUAGUGGCACCAACAGGGUUGCACCUUCCAGGGACCUUUUAGCUCCAUCAAAGACUGUGAGACCUCCUGAGGACCUUCUGAAAACUGAAAACCUGCAUUUGCCUAAUUCAUUUAACUACAACAUGUUACAGCAUCUUGGUCAGUUCCCACCACUUAUGCCUAACAAACAAAUUGCUGAAUCCAAUUGCAGCCAGCAAAACCCUGGUGGUAAUAAGCCCACCAUGUCAUACGCUAGUGCACUUCGUGCACCACCAAAACCCAAACCCCCACCUGAUCAGCCAAAAAAGAAUAGUGACCCUUUGUCUUUGUUUCAGGAGCUCAGCAUAGGUAGUUCUUCAGGUAGCAAUGGGUACUACUCAUAUUUUAAUUGAAAAAUAGUAGGUUGUUUGCUCUGUAUUUGGGAUAAAUGCAAAGGUAUAUUUCAUUUGUAGUUUGAAAAGUAUUUUACUUGCUUGUUAAAAUGUCCCCAGUUAACUGCUCUGCUGCUACAUGUGCAUCUUUAAAAAUUUUUCUUUUUAAUAUUUUAAUUUAUAUUUUGAUGAAGAAUAAAAGUUUAACAAGAGCAUUUAUGAUAAAAAAUAUUUUCAUUACUUUGUUUAUAAAAGGUAUAUGUGUGUUGCAUUGUACUGGCAACAAAGCAGUUAACUGUGUUAACAAAAAUGCAGAAAGGAAAUCAAUCUGUGCUGCAUACUAAAAAAAUGAAAAAGUUAUAAAAACAAAAUGAAAAAGUUGAUAAAAAAUGAAAAAAGUUGGAAAAAAAGAAUUGUAAGUAGUGUUUAAAUUUUCCAAUACUAUUUUUCAAAUUGAAUAGCUUAUAAUGCUGGGUUUCUGUAACAGAAAUUACCAGUUUAUGUACAGAUGUAUUUUUUUCUGCUUAAAUCACUUAACUAUUUUUUUUUGUCCUUAAAGGGUCUGCAUUCUAUAAAUGCUAUAAAAAGAAUUCUAAUCCUACAAUUGCAAGUGUCCUGAUCUGCAGUCUGCAUACUACAAUUAUUUUUUUAGUUUCUAGUUUCAUGAUCAUCUUACUCUUUUAAGUUUUCAAGCCGCAUUGUUUUUUUAUGCAUUUCAUAUAUAAAUUUUAACUCAGAAACAUAGUCUUGAACACUGCCGAUAUUUUAUCAGUUUUAUCUGUUGUCUUCAAGGAAUGUUGUGUUGCACCAUUAGAAUUUGAUCAUAUUGCGGGUUUUGAAGUUUGUAUUAUGUGGCUUUGUAACUAUCCACUGUAGAGUUGUACAGUAAUAAAUAGUGUAUUCUUAUACAACAUUGCUUUCAGAAAUUUGCAGAAAAAAUGAAAAGAAAAAUAUAUCGUCCCUUAGUAUAUCUGCAGACAAUGCUUUUUAUUUUUUCCCAACAAGCUAAUUACAUAUGCUUGUUUUAAUUUUAAUUUGAAUAAUUUUAAAAAAUUCAUGGAGCUGAAGCAAUUUUAGGUAUGUUGGUGCUUCAUAGAAUAAUUAACUAUUUAACAGUGUGAAUUUAGUAAAGUACUUUUUUUCUUUACUAUGCAUGUGUAAAUGUUUGUAAUUUGGCUUUUACUCCAUCACUGGUCUCAAAUUAUAUGAAUAUAUGUGCGGGUUUUAGCCUUCUCUGUAAUUAUUUUGUUAUAUAUUUGAUGUUUAUAUUAAAUGCAACAUACUCAAAGAAAUGCUAAUAUUUUGGUAGCUGUUCUGUUUUGAAAUAUUUCUCUAACAGUACAAAAAAUUUGGGGGAGUUUUAAUCUAAACUACAAUUAGAUCUGUUUAAAUAGCAUCACAAUUCCUAACUUUUAUUCUUGUUUAGCUAAAACUCCUUUUGAAAAUAAAUACAUACUGAGAUACCCACCAUAA